AUUCAGUGUGUUCACACUGCCAUCAUCAGGAUGAGCUCAGGAACUGAUCAGUGAUCAGCAGGGUUUGGAGACGUUCACAGAUGGUCUGCUGUGAUGUUGUGUGUCACCAAACUCUGUUCCUCUGAAAGGCUUGAUAACACUUCUUCUUUCUUUCACCUCGUCAUCUGUGGUCAGAUGCCUUUAAACAUCAAAUGAGAGAGAGAACAAAGUGCUUUAGUGAACUCAGAGCCAGUUAAAGGUCUUUCUGUUAUUAACAGGGAUAAUCAGCUACCUGCUCAAAUCAUCCACCUGCUAUGCAAAUACUCUCUUUCUCUUUUACACACACACACACACACACACCUCCAGCACGCUACUUACUGGACUCACAUUUGCAUCCAAACCUCACAGCAGAGAGCUUCCUGAUGAACUGAACGCCUCAUGUAUCAUGAGUUUCUUUGGGAAGUUGAAACCAUCUCUACUACAUGGCGGACCACCAGCUCCACCCAGAAGAACAGAUAACAGUUCUGGAUAUGGCUGGCCAGAGGGGGAAUUUGAUGAGGAAGAUGGUGAUACAUAUGAAGCUCCACCAUGUGAACGUCCCACCAUUAAAGUCCAACCGUGCCAAGUAGAGGAGAAUGUUUACCUGGGUUAUCCGGAUCGAAACCCGAACCCUGUUACUCCCAAAAGGCAGGCAGCACCGCCGCCACGACCGGCCAAGAUCACCCCGAUAGGGAAAAGCAUGAAGCCAGAGCCACCUCACGACCCGGAGCGGUUUUACAUCGACCCCAAUGAUAGCAAACCUCCUGAGGUAAUACGUAAAGAUAAACCUGGUAAAAAAGCCCCUCCUAAGAGACCCCCGAUGAGACCUCCACCGGCCCCUCAGCAAGACGAAGAUGUUUACUUGGACCCAAAUGAAGGGCAGGAUGAUGAUGACACCUAUCUAGAACCUGUAGCAGAACCGCCUGCACCCCGAAGCCCGGCCCGCAUGCCAUUGCCUCCUAAAACUGUAGGACGAGACCCGCCACCACCAAUACUGAAGCCUCCUGUUCCCAGAGCCAAAUCUAGUUCGGUCCUGAUCGGUGACACUGUGAACAAAGUUCUGCCGCCAGAAGUAAAACGUGCCACGUUUUCUGGCCAGCUGCCACCCGCACUAAACAGCAAACCAGUUCCUCCCAUCAUCCUCCCCAAAGAACCCAAAGCCAGGCUUUGACUUCCAUCAGUUGUAAAACGAGAC